GAUGUAAACGCGGAAUGUGGUUGUGUCUCUGGUCAGCCAAGGACAGUCAUAAGUAACACACCUUACAAGAUGGCCCUGUUUUUACUUAAUAGUUCAUUAAGUUGGUUAACUAAAUUUUGCAUUUGUUUAAUCGGCAUAUGGGACUAAGCCGAUUUGUUACCCUAUUUAAAAGAAACAGGUGCUAUUUUCCUCAUGGUCAAAAAUAAUGAGAACCGGAAUGUUGUUUGGAGAAAUGGACUCAAGCCCAAAGGAUGGCUCUAGGACAGGGCACUGCUAUUCUGAGUUACUUGUAAGACGGGAAAAGAGGAGGGAGAAGCAAGUAGGAUAGGGAGGGAGGGGAUAAGGCUUGGAAUCGGAAGGACUCUCAAUGGGCUGGACUGGGAUCUGUAAACGCGGACGCAAAUUAGUUUGUUUCGUUCAAGGCACCUGACGCGCUCAAAGGAGUAUAAUUUACCGACAUAGGAGUUGCACAAAUAACAUUUGCAGAAGGAACUGUUGAUUACAGCAAAAUGCUCAAGUUAUAGAGUCACCAAGGGGAAACGUCGGAAUAAUGUAACAUUUUGUGAAAUGAAUCGUUCAAUCUGUAAAGAAUAGGUGGAUCAUAGAGGUAACCUUAGUUAUUGUUCGUGUAGUUGAUUAUAUCCCAAAACUUUACCUACAAUGGAGAGUCGAAUUUUGUUGACAUGCAUGCUGUCCUGCGUGUUCCUACGGUCGUCCAUUGCACAGAACCCACUACCUGAAGCAGUGCUCAACUGUUGCGAGGGCGACGUUCUCUUUCUAUUGGACUCCUCGGGCAGCGUUUCGUCCUAUGAGCAUACCCGAAUGCUCAGCUUCCUCUCCGAACUCCUCCUCCCGUUCUCAUUGGGCGAGGACCAGGUCAGAGUAGGACUACUGCAGGUGGGCACCCAACCCCGCCUUGAGUUUGGCUUCAACUUCUUUAAUACCCAAGCUGCUCUUCAGCGGGCGCUCAAGAGCACCAGGCCUCUUGGGGGCGACACCAACACGGAGGAUGCCUUAAGGAUGGCCCAGGAUUCGGUGCUGAGGCCUGGAGGGGUAGGAGGGGCGAGGCCGGGGCUCCCCAGGGUGCUGGUAUGGCUGACGGAUGGAGUGAAACCGGGCGAUGUGAUUGAACCAACGGCGGAGCUGCGAGAGGAGGGUGUGGCGGUGUUGGUGGUGUCCACGGGCCACGCGAACUACCAGGUGCUGAGUCAGGUGGUGAGCCCGCCUGUCGAGUCGCACCUGUACUUUAUUGACAUCGAUGACAUGAGUAUCAUCACAGAGGACCUGAGGGACGCCAUCAUUGAGAUCAUCCGGGCCGAGCGGCUCCAGGUCAGAGAUGUGUCCACCGACAGUGCCGUGCUGCAGUGGAGGCCUGUAUUAACCGGUCUGACCGGUUACUACGAGAUCCGGUAUGGACCAGUUCCUACCGGUACUGUGGGUGGAGGAGGCGGUGGCAGUACUGGUACCAGUCCUAGUACCAGCGGCGGUCAGUACCAGAGACUGACCCGGCCGGGGGACGCCAGCGACGUCAAGCUGACCGGUCUGAGGCCAGAUACAACCUAUUCAGCCACACUGACCCCCGAGUCCAACGAACAUUUGUCAAACUCCCUCUCCGUCAACUUCACUACAAAGCCAGAGGUGAUGAGCCCAUCCACGGUGACCGUCUCCGAGUCUGGUGUGAACUCUGCGAGGGUGAGUUGGGGCCCUCUGCAGCCUGAGGCUGUGCAGAGCUACAAGGUGGAGUACUCUGCUCUGCCCGGGGGGAAGCUACACAUCGUCACCACGGGCCGAUGGCAGAACUCUACGGUUCUGACUAACCUGCAGCCAGACACUCAGUACCUGGUCACCGUGAGUGCCCGCUACUCCUCCGGGAAGGAAAGGGCCAUGUCGGUGAAGAUGUGCACCCAGGAAGUGACACCAGCCCUAGCAGACCUGCAGUUGACCAAUGUGGGCAGCGACUCUGUCCAGGUGGACUGGAAGGCCAGUGCCCAGGGUCUGAGGGGCUACUGGCUGACCUGGGAGGGCCAGGACCAGAGAGGCUCUUUAGGUGGGCCCCAGCACUCCUCCCUCUACCUGCCCUCCAGCUCCCUGUCCACCCGCCUCACACACCUGCCCCCCGCCGCCCGGGUGUGUGUGUCGCCCGUCUACCGGACGGCCCGUGGGGAGGGAAUCUGCUGCUCUGCGCGGAAAGAAGGAGGAAGACUGUUUCCAUGGAAACUACCGAACACAACACCGUAUUCCAUGGAAUGACCUUUGUCAUUGUUUCUCUAAACCCAUCUUUCCCCUCUUUGUUUCUUUACCACUCUAGACGCUUUUUCAUACGGCUACAGAUCCUAGCACAACUUCUCUUGGCUGAUCAGACAAGGACAGCAAUUGAAGGGAUGGUGAGGAAGGGUGGAAUAGAAGCCAACUCUUUAUUUUUCAACAUGCUCUUUCACACACUACUCUUUCGCACACUCCUUCCUGGACACCAUGUGUAAGAUUGUGUGGCCUGCAGAGCACUUGUGUGCAAUAGACACUAUGCUCUAAGAAAAGUUACAAUGCUGUCACCUACAAAAACCGAAGACUUCUUGCUUAUUACUUUCACAUUGUAGUCAAUGUUGUACGUGGGCUAAACCUGUAAUCUCACUGUGUAUUUGUUUUAUGUAGGCUUACAAUGUACAAAAGGCUAGCAUUGAAAAUAAUGUAGCUUUUCCAGUUCAAGAAGGGUCUAAAGUGAGGGAAGAUGUGAGAAACAUCCUAUUUAUUCAAUGCACAGAGGAUUUCUAUCUUACUACAUAUCCUGUAUCAUUGGUUUUGUGUGUGGGAGUGCAUGUCUGUGAUCUUUGAGUAUAAUUGAAGGGCAUGUUAACACAGGAUCUCUAAUAAGAGAGGACUUCAGAGCACUUGGAACCAAUGAAAAAUUACAAACAGACCUUCCACAUGCCUUCACGUGCUUGCACACAGACUGCGUUUGAGAGAUUUUAAGAUAAAAACUGCUAUUUACUGAAUAUUUGUACAGUCUAUGUUUUCUGAUAUAAAGAAACAUUAAACAGAAAGGUUAACAGACACAGUUCAUUACAAUUUUUCAGUGAUGUUGUCUUAACAAUAUGGGGUCUGGAAGCAAAGAUUUUUAAGUGGUCUCUACUGCCCUCUUCAGACAAUUUUAGAAAAUUGGUCAUUUAAAGGUUGCACUGAAUUUAGUAUUCUGAACUUGAUUUUAUUUAACUAUAGAUUUCUUGAUAUUCUAUGCAAAUUAGUUGACAUGUAUGUUUUGGUAAUAAUACACUAUUGGAUUAUGAUGGUCUUACAAAUUAAAAUGAUGUUCACACAAUUUAGUCAGUUGGACAUGCCUAUGAAAGCAAUGUACUAUACAUCCAACUUUUUUGUCUUUUUCUUUUUUUUCUUAUAUCUCAUGUGAAAAUUUGUGAAAAUCAUCAACCCAUUCAUAAAACUUUAUUGGUGGUC